AGCCGCUUUGACAGGGCUAACCGGAAGUUGCAUCGCGCUUCCUGCCUGAGCGGACCGCUAUUGAGGUGGAUAACGGGGAUGGUUUUGUGAGAGAAGUGAGAAUUACGAAGCUUUGGGCCAGAGGGCAGUAUCUUGGCCUGCCUUUAUAAGGGCUAUCUUCGGCCGCAAGGAUGUCGGCUAGCGCAGUAUAUGUGCUAGACCUGAAGGGGAAGGUUCUUAUUUGCCGGAAUUACCGUGGUGAUGUGGACAUGUCAGAGGUGGAGCACUUUAUGCCAAUUUUGAUGGAGAAAGAAGAAGAAGGAGCGCUCUCACCAAUACUUGCUCAUGGAGGUGUCCGGUUCAUGUGGAUUAAACACAACAAUCUAUAUCUUGUUGCAACGUCUAAAAAGAAUGCCUGUGUAUCGUUGGUAUUUUCCUUUCUGUACAAAGUAGUCCAGGUAUUUUCUGAGUACUUUAAAGAGUUAGAAGAGGAAAGUAUCCGUGAUAAUUUUGUAAUUAUAUACGAGUUAUUAGAUGAGUUAAUGGAUUUUGGAUAUCCUCAAACCACAGACAGCAAAAUAUUACAAGAGUAUAUCACCCAAGAAGGUCAUAAAUUAGAAACUGGAGCACCCCGUCCUCCAGCCACAGUAACAAAUGCUGUAUCUUGGAGAUCAGAAGGCAUUAAGUAUAGGAAGAAUGAAGUUUUCCUGGAUGUCAUAGAAUCUGUGAACCUUUUGGUGAGUGCAAAUGGAAAUGUGUUACGCAGUGAGAUAGUAGGGUCAAUCAAAAUGCGAGUGUUUCUUUCAGGAAUGCCUGAACUUCGUCUUGGAUUAAAUGAUAAAGUUCUCUUUGAAAAUACUGGGCGUGGAAAGAGCAAAUCCGUGGAACUGGAAGAUGUUAAGUUCCACCAGUGUGUGCGCCUGUCAAGAUUUGAAAAUGACAGGACAAUUUCUUUCAUUCCUCCAGAUGGGGAGUUUGAGCUCAUGUCUUACCGUUUGAACACACACGUUAAACCGCUAAUCUGGAUUGAAUCUGUAAUAGAAAAACAUUCCCACAGUCGUGUUGAAUACAUGAUUAAGGCCAAAAGUCAGUUUAAGCGCAGAUCUACUGCCAACAAUGUUGAGAUUCACAUUCCAGUGCCAAAUGAUGCCGAUUCUCCCAAGUUCAAGACCACAGUAGGAAGUGUCAAAUGGGUUCCAGAAAACAGUGAAAUUGUGUGGUCUAUAAAGUCCUUCCCGGGUGGCAAGGAGUAUCUCAUGAGAGCUCACUUUGGCCUCCCAAGUGUUGAGGCAGAAGACAAAGAAGGAAAACCUCCUAUCAGUGUGAAGUUUGAGAUUCCCUAUUUUACAACCUCUGGAAUUCAGGUUCGGUACUUGAAAAUCAUUGAAAAAAGUGGCUACCAGGCUUUGCCAUGGGUGCGGUAUAUCACCCAGAAUGGAGAUUAUCAACUUCGAACACAGUAAAGAAAAAAGUUUGGACAACGCCAAAUACAAAGCAUCUGGAUCUCGCCUUUGGACGCAGAGCAUAUACGUUACAGAAAAAAAGAAGAAUCUGGUAGCUGCAUCUGUUGGAUUUACGCUGCUUUCUGUAAAUGUGUUUGUUGUCUGUUGCCCCAUUCCCAGGCCCAGUCGGAAUUCAUUGUAAGUGAUCUUACCAGAAAGACCUGUGAGAUGCAUCAAGCUCUCUAAUAGAUUAAAUGUUCUUUAUAUGCUUUAA